CGCUGGGCGCUUCCAGGCAGGCAGUGGAGACGCACAACGGGAGCUGCUGCGAGUUUCUGCAAGCUUCGGAGCGUUUCACGGGAGGCGAGUUUAUGAAAAAAAAAUGUAGGUGAUUUAUUAAGAAAAAAAACUUGCAUCAGUGCUGAUUAUGGAAGCGGGAAACAGGCGCGAGGGUUUUUACCGCUGCGUCCUCUGGAUUGUUGAAAUUUGGUGAAUGGCACGCUGACGCACGGACUCCACGCGCUCCGCUCCUGCUGGACUUCACACAAAUCCACGUGCUUCCGUUUCCGAGACGACCUUUCGAGUGUAUAUUAUUAUUAUUAUUUUUAUUAUUAUUAUUUCGGAGGCAGUACUUGUUUCGUUUUUGUUUACACGAGUUCAGUCAUGAGGCUGAGACGCGCGUCUGGGACGAUGGUCUCUCUCCCCGCUGCAGCCUCCUCCUCCUCUCUCCUCGUCCUUCUCCUCCUCCUCCUCCCGUCGCUGCGUCCGCGCGCCGCGGUCGAAGCCUUCGGCGAGGACGACGACGAGGAGAUGACCUGCGACCCGAUCCGGAUCAGCAUGUGCCAGGGUCUGGGCUACAACGUCACCAAGAUGCCCAACCUGGUGGGCAACGUGCUGCAGUCGGACGCCGAGCUGCAGCUCACCACGUUCACGCCGCUCAUCCAGUACGGCUGCUCCAGUCAGCUCAAGUUCUUCCUCUGCUCGGUUUAUGUGCCCAUGUGCACAGACAAGGUUCCCAUCCCCAUCGGGCCAUGUGGAAGCAUGUGUCUGUCUGUGAAGAAAAAGUGCCUCCCAGUUCUCCAUGAGUUUGGCUUCAUAUGGCCUGAGGUGCUCAACUGCAGCCAUUUCCCGCCCCAAAACGACCACAACCACAUGUGUAUGGAAGGUCCGGGGGAUGAGGACCCUCCCUACCAGCCAGUCCGCCAUCCUCCCCUGCAGGAGGAGUGCCAAGCCUUGGGAUCCGCACCUGAUCAGUACACCUGGCUCAAACAGACGGAGAGCUGCACUCUUCAGUGUGGCUACGACAGUGGACUCUACCGACGGGGGGCCAAGGUCUUCACGAACGCGUGGAUGGCGGUGUGGGCCGUGCUGUGCUUCGUCUCAACCACGCUGACGGUGCUGACCUUUCUGUUGGACUCCCAACGAUUCUCCUACCCUGAGAGGCCUAUUAUCUUCCUCUCCAUGUGCUGUAAUCUGUACAGUGUUGCUUACCUGGUACGACUGACUCUUGGAAGAGAACGUGUUUCCUGUGACUUAGAAACGGCUGCGGUGCCGAUCCUGGUCCAAGAAGGGUUAAAGAACACCGGCUGUGCUAUAGUCUUCCUCCUCCUGUACUUCUUUGGCAUGGCCUCCUCUCUUUGGUGGGUGAUCCUGACCCUCACCUGGUUUCUGGCUGCUGGACUGAAGUGGGGCCAUGAGGCCAUUGAAAUGCACAGCUCCUACUUCCACAUAGCAGCCUGGGCCAUCCCGGCUGUCAAAACUAUUGUCAUCCUCAUAAUGAGACUGGUGGACGCAGAUGACCUGACGGGGCUCUGCUACGUGGGUAACCAGCAGCAGGAGGCGCUCACAGGUUUUGUGGUGGCGCCACUGGCCACAUACCUUCUUAUAGGAACCUUGUUCAUCUGCGCGGGCCUCGUGGCUCUUUUCAAGAUACGCUCCAAUCUGCAGAAAGACGGAGCCAAAACAGACAAGCUGGAGCGUUUGAUGGUCAAGAUCGGAGUAUUUUCUGUUCUUUACACAGUUCCGGCAUCCACCGUCAUCGGCUGCUACCUCUACCAGCUCUCCCAUUGGGGGGAGUUCAGGGCCAGCACGCAGGACUCGUACGUGGCGUCGGAGAUGCUCCGAAUCUUCAUGUCGCUGCUCGUGGGCAUCACGUCGGGGAUGUGGAUCUGGUCGGCAAAAACCCUCCACACCUGGCAGCGCUGCUCCGCCCGGCUGCUGAAGGACAGCCAGGCGAGUCGAGGCGGGAAGAGGGCGCCGGGCGAGGGCUGGAUCAAACCAGGAAAAGGCAAUGAGACGGUUGUGUGAGACGGAAAAGUCAGGGGAAGGGUGGACAGGAAUGAACCAAAGUCCUGCAUUCUUCUCGUACAGGGACCGGCUCUGCAAAAUGAAGGAUGAAGAGAUUCAAGAGAAAAGAGGGCGGUUAGCAAUGUGAUAGCAGGACUUUAUUGAAGAAGCCCCCUGGAUAUAAUGCCAUCACAUGAAACCCCUGACUCUGUGCCACUAACAGAAGUUAUGAAGGACAAAAUAGGAAAACUGAGUCAUGCAGUUGUAGCAACAGAAGCCUCUCUACCUCCAUUAGAUCUCAGUUGUCCAGAGAGGUGGGAAAAGAAAAAUAAGGGAGGAACGGCGUAUGGAAAAAGUUGAACAGAGUCAUCUGUAGGAUACACCAAUAAGCUGUAAAUCCACACCUCUCUGUCUCUUUCCCCAAGUCCUCAGCAGAAGAGACGGAACCUGCUGAACACAGUGAAUUUGAAUGUCGUGGUGACUUCUUUUAAAGUUUGAGAUUUUACACUGGAGCAGAGUUUAUUCAAACGUAGGCUGAAGUUUCCCCAAACGCACCCCAACAACUAUUUCUGCAGUCAAAAUUACCAUUACAAAAAAAAAUAAAAAAUAAAUAAAUAAAAUAAAACUGUGAUAAAAUAUAACAUAUCGCCUUUAAUCUCAAUUUGCUUCCAUUUAAACAAUCUACAUUUCUUUAAGUUGUACUUGAUGUUAGUACAAAAGUACAGUUGCUUUGAAUUUUGUGGAAACCAGCUCUAAGCUGUAAUGCUGCACUAUAAUUGUAUAAUAUGUGAAGUCUGAUAAAUGUGCACAGAGCUGUUAACAGGGAUGGUGAGUCAAUAAAAAUGCUGCAAAUAAAUAAAAAAGGCAAGACAAUGACAUUUUGUAUUCAAGGUAAAUAUAACUUUUUGUUGCCUCUUUUUGUUAAAAGCAUCAUCGCAUCUGGAAAUUAUCGGCCUUUGUGUUUCACUUCAAACCCAGAACUUGCAGUGAUGUAUGCAGUCUUCCUGGGAACCCGGUGCUGAAUGUGCUCUUGGGUUACCAUAAAACCCAGGAAAUUUAAUUAUUACCCCAGCCCUUUUUUUUUUUCUUUGCAAACCCUGGAUCCAAGCGCAGGUUACAGAAUGAGAAGUUAUGGGACAAUCUGUUGCCAGAAUACACAUUAUGCAACUCUGAAGGGCUGUCACAGAGUUAUAGCUUUUUAUACAUGCACAUACUGUGUUGUGCACGAGUUUAGGUCUAACUCUGUUUUGUUUUGGGGGUUUUUGUCCACUUUAUGUGCGUUCAGAGAAGCCGCUUUUGGUUUUAAAUGAGCAGCUGUGCUUCUCAAAGUGUGUUUAUGUGGUAAGAAUGUGAAGAUUUGAGCAUUUUAGCCGCAGUACCAUCUGGUGCAGGACUUGAAGGGAUAGUUUACGUCUUUUGAAGUUGGGUUUUGUGGAAAGGUUACGAAUAAUUAACCUGUUGCUUGUUGGAGAUAGCUCUUUGAAUGACCUCAGUUUGUAGAAAUAGAGUUUAGUUUUGAUAAGCUAACAAGAUGUUAGCUUAAAACUGUCUUUCAGUCCAGAAGAUUCAUAGCUGUUGAUACAGGUGCUUUUUUUUUACUUUCUAGCACUAUCUAUAUCACAGGCAGAAGUAACUUUUCUGCUGGAGGUUUUCCAGAGGGCGCAAGAACUGCUAAAGUUAGCGUCUGCUGUUAGCUCUUGCUAAUAACAGCAGGAUUGUUUGUAAAUGCCAGUGUAACACAAAACUGAUAGUCAUGUAAAAGUUAAAAAAUAGUGCUUGAAUAAGCUGCUUUGAAAAUGAUAAGGCAUAAACUUGGAUGUAAACUCUUAUUUUUUCAAAGUGAAGUACAAAAUACUAUCAACGACACAUUUAUUUGUCCAUAAUAACCUUUACACAGAACUCCACUGCCAAAGAUCUGAACUAUUCCUUUAGGUGUUGAAGUGUCUUAACACCGUUGUAAGGGCAUGUUGUAACAAAUAUAAACACAUGAAUCAAUAUAACCACCCUUGUAAUCUAUGGCUGCAUCAAUCACAGUCAGGAUUUAAUGAAAAGAGACAUUUCCUGUGAAAUUGACAUUGAUUUAUUUAUGUUACUGUAAAAGUGACAUCAUUAACUUACACAUCUGUCUGAAGCUUGUGCUUUUUUAAAACUUUUCAAAUACACCAAGACUUUUCCCCCAGACAAUUAAGACCUUCCUGGAAUACAUUUUUAUACAUUUCAUGUAUGAUAGAAACAAGAUUUGUGGUCUGUUGUUUCGUUUGACAAGCAAGCCUUUCUGAUGAUAUAGUUAUAAGCUUUAAAUCCAGUGAGUUUGUGUUCUGGACUCAUCCUCUCUGAAAGUGCUCCUAUGUAUUUGCCUGACAAUCGAUGUAACAAUGCUCUUGCAUUUUAAUGAGACUUUUGUAUGUUUAUGUGCCGGGUGUCCAUUUAAACCAACUAUUAUUUAGUAGAAUAAUCUCAUUUUGGGUAACUGAAAUCUGAUGCAGUUUGAAUAAGUUUUGGUCUUUGUCAGCAUGUGUGCUAUCUGUAACCGUAUAGUGCCUCACACAACUUGUUCGAUAUGUUUUUGGUGAAUGUUUAGAAAGGAAUUAGGGGAAAAGAAAAAUCAUUUCUGAGCUGCGUUCCUCGCCCCUUCAAGGUGCGUUCAGACAGGAAGGUCCUGGUUGAAACUGAGCUCAUGUUUCUCAGACCAGCACACUGUGGAUCACUUAUUAAAUUCCCAAAGUCAAACAAACAUUACAUUCACUUAAAGCGAAUUAAAUUAACCUCUGACCACCUCCCCUCUGAGCUAAUGUAGUUCCCGUCUUAGACUGUCCCAAUGUUUUGGCUUGGCCCUUUCUUCUGACCACACAGCUAAACGGUGACAUUUUCAAACAAUCGCAGAAAGAGCCUUGAAACGCAGCUCAGAGUGUGCAAAAAACGUAACCACUAGUCGUGCAGGUUUGUAAAUUCUUUUAGGGGCUCGGAUCAGAAUCACCACUAAGGUUUGUUGGCCCACACGGAUCGUGGCCAAGGUUUGGACUGCUCCCUCAUGUAGAGCACUCCUUUUGUGUUUUUUUUUUUUUUGUUGUUUUUUGUUUUGUUUUGUUUUUUGACAUUGUAA